AAAGAGCACCACACUGCAUCCGAGCUGCAGUUUGUGUUCAGUUUUUGUUUUUCAUAUUUCUUCACAUUUUAGAUAAUUACGAAGGCGGUUUCUGAUAACGAAGAGGAUAUAAUCUUAAACUAUAAGAGAAAAUGAAGUUGAACCUCGAGGGUCUGCUGGUGUAUUUUCCAUAUGACUACAUCUAUCCGGAGCAGUAUUCCUACAUGCUGGAGCUCAAGAGGACCCUGGAUGCCAAGGGUCAUGGAGUCCUGGAGAUGCCUUCAGGGACCGGGAAGACCAUCUCUCUGCUGUCUCUCAUCGUUGCCUACCAGAGGGCUUUUCCUUUGGAGGUGACCAAGUUAAUCUACUGCUCGAGAACGGUUCCUGAAAUCGAGAAGGUUGUGGAGGAGUUGAGGAAACUGAUGGAGUUUUACGCCAAAGAAACUGGAGAGGUCAACAACUUCCUGGCUCUGGCUCUUUCCUCCAGGAAAAACCUGUGCAUCCACCCUGAGGUGAGCUCGCUGCGCUUCGGCAAGGAGGUCGACGGGAAGUGUCACAGUCUGACGGCGUCGUACAUUCGGGCGCAGCGCCACAUCAACCCCGACCAGCCCGUCUGUCGCUUCUAUGAGGAGUUCGAUGCCGUCGGACGGCAGGUCCCGAUCCCUCCGGGGAUCUACAACCUGGACGACCUGAAGGACUUCGGCAGACGGAAAGGCUGGUGUCCGUACUAUCUGGCCCGCUACGCGCUCCUGCACGCCAACAUCGUGGUGUACAGCUACCACUACCUGCUGGACCCCAAGAUAGCCGACCUGGUGUCCAAAGAGCUGGCCAAGAAGUCUGUGGUGGUGUUUGACGAAGCCCAUAAUAUUGACAACGUGUGCAUCGACUCCAUGAGCGUGAACAUCACUAGAAGGACGCUGGACCGCUGCCAGACCAACGUGGACACCCUCCAAACCACCAUCCAAAAUAUUAAAGAGUCGGACGCUGCUAAGCUGAAGCAGGAGUACCGGCGCCUGGUGGAGGGGCUGAAGGAGGCCAACGUUGCCAGGGAGACGGACGUCUACCUGGCAAAUCCGGUGCUGCCCGACGAAAUUCUGAAAGAGGCGGUUCCUGGUUCUAUCCGAACAGCUGAGCACUUCGUUGGUUUCCUGCGACGGUUCCUGGAGUACCUGAAGUCUCGACUGCGGGUGCAGCACGUCGUGCAGGAGAGCGCGCCGCAGUUCCUCAAAGACAUCUUUGAGAAAGUCUGCAUCGACCGCAAGCCGCUCAGGUUUUGUGCCGAGAGGCUGCAGUCGUUGCUACGGACCCUGGAGAUCUCCGACAUCGCAGACUUCUCAGCCGUCACUCUCAUCUCCAACUUUGCCACCCUGGUCAGCACCUACAGCCAAGGUUUCACCAUCAUCAUCGAACCCUUCGAAGACAGAACCCCAACUAUCGCCAACCCGGUGCUGCACUUCAGCUGCAUGGAUCCCUCCAUAGCCAUCAAACCGGUUUUCCAGAGGUUUCAGUCCGUCGUCAUCACCUCGGGGACUCUCUCCCCUCUGGACAUCUACCCCCGCAUCCUUGACUUCCGGCCCGUUACCAUGGCGUCCUUCACCAUGACGCUGGCGCGGACGUGCCUCUGCCCUCUGAUCGUCGGCAGAGGCAACGACCAGGUGGCUCUGAGCUCCAAGUUUGAGACCAGAGAAGACUUUGCUGUUAUCCGUAACUACGGCAACCUGCUUCUGGAGAUGUCUGCGAUAGUCCCCGACGGGAUCGUGGCGUUUUUCACCAGCUACAUCUACAUGGAGAACAUAGUGGCGUCCUGGUACGAGCAGGGGAUCCUGGAGAACAUCCAGAGGAACAAGCUGAUCUUCAUCGAGACUCCGGAUGCGGCGGAGACGAGCAUGGCCCUGGAGAAGUACCAGGAGGCGUGUGAGAACGGCCGAGGAGCCAUCCUGCUGUCCGUGGCCAGAGGAAAGGUGUCUGAAGGAAUAGACUUUGUGCACCAUUUCGGCCGGGCAGUCAUCAUGUUCGGGGUUCCUUACGUCUACACGCAGAGCCGCAUCCUGAAGGCUCGGCUGGAGUACCUGCGGGAUCAGUUCCAGAUCAGAGAGAACGACUUCCUGACGUUCGACGCCAUGCGUCACGCAGCCCAGUGCGUCGGCAGAGCCAUCAGAGGGAAGACCGACUACGGGCUCAUGAUCUUCGCAGACAAGCGAUACGCCCGGGCCGACAAACGGGGAAAGCUGCCGCGCUGGAUUCAGGAGCACAUCAGCGACGGCAGCCUGAACCUCACCGUGGACGAGACGGUGCAGCUGUCCAAGCACUUCCUCCGGCAGAUGGCCCAGCCGUUCCGACAGGAGGACCAGCUGGGUCUGUCUCUGCUGACGCUGGAGCAGCUGCAGUCCGAGGACAUGCUGCAGAAAAUCGCUCAGAUGGCUCACCAGAGCUGAAGCGCACGCCAUUACGCCAUCGCCGUAGCAACACCGCGAGUGGAUGCAACUGAUACUGAAACCGAUCAAACAAGAAGAUGCAACUCUGAGCCGAUUUUUAAACUUGUCUUGAGUUUUCAGAGACUGUGUGGACCGGGUCACUUUAAAUACUCCUCUGGAUUAGUUCUUUUUUAAGUUAUAUCUAAACAAAAGAUAUUUUGUCCUGGAUGUACAAUCAGAACAUUGAUCGCAGGUUUGGAGAACCGACGGUAACAUCAGAGGCCUCUGAAAGCAGCAUUAAGCAUCAUGAGAAGAAGAAAUAAUGUUUAUUUUUCACAUCAUGGGUCACAGAACCAGCCCUGAAACUGGUCUGGUUUGUUUGCAGAACUCUGAACUUUCACUCAGGACCAGCUUUCAGAUACACAUAGUUCACCUACAGAACAGAAGUGAGUCUUUCAAGCGUCCACAAAGCGUUUUCUGAACCUUUUGAGCUUAAAACGGUUUAAAUCUUCAAUCUUUCUGCAUUCAUGACGGUUCUUUAGAAAAAGGGCAGAAAUAACAUCAUCAUUGACUUAAACUCUCGACCUCACGUUCAGGUGGAGCUCAGCGUUCGUGUCCUCUUGCAUCGGGUGGACUUUGUUUUAUACUUUUAGUCCAUGUUUCCAUCAGCUGCCGGACAGGGAACCGGUUCUGGUGUCGAGACCCUGUUUUCUGGUCGGGAGCCGAUCUAAAAAGUGUUGAACCAGGACGGGAAGCGGCCGCUGCAUCGUGUUGUCUGUCAUACAGACGAGGCUCGUUUUUCUUUAACCGCAACAUUUUAUACUGAGCUGUUGGUGUCUCUGUUUUCUAAGGUGAAUUUUCAGAUAUAAAAUGUUUAU